AUGGCCACUGGCCCAAAGACUGGGAAGCUGACCCUGCGGAUGACCCAAUACCAGAUCCCACCAGUUGAUCUUAUGUCUAGAAAGCCAGAGCAGGAGAGAACAUCUUCAGAGGGUCUCAUCUGUGGUAGCUGCAGGUUCCACAAGGAGGAGUUUGGUGGACACCAGGAACUGGCCCUGAGGGGUUGGCCCUUCUCCCUCUCCUCUCCUGCAGCAGCACCUGUGAGAAUUCUGAAGCAGUCUCAGGAAGGCCUAGCCCUCUUGCAGGAGGCCAUGAGCGUCAUGGUUUCACUCCUUACCGACAUCUUGGAACGCAUCGUCGGAGUGGCCUCUCGCCUGGCCCACUCCACCAAGCACUCCACCAUCACCUCCAAGGAGAUCCAGAGAGCCAUGCGCCUGCUCCUGCUCAGGGAGUUUGGCAAGCACGUGGUGUCCGAGGCCACCAAGGCCGUCAUCAGGUACACCACAUGA